CAUUUUAUGGUUAGAAUUCCUAAGCAUUAUAGUUUUGGAUUUAUCUAAAACUAUCCUAAACUGAGAUUUAUAUUUUAGCUAUUUAAAGUUAGUAUUGUUUUUAGAAAGCAUAGUUAUAGAUGACAUUUGGAGAUGCUAAGCAGUUUUGAGUUAAGAUUCCCCACAUAAUGUUUGCAUUGCAGUUUCAGAAUUAGUAUAGAUUAGAAGACUUGUAUUUGAGUCCUGGUUGUGUCAUUACAAACUGCUGUGUCAGGCAGGCAAACCACUAAAGUUCUCUGAGCCUGUUUCCUCAUCUUUAAGAUGGGCAUAAUAUAUACUCCACAGCCAUUUGAGAAUUAAACAAGAAUAAUAUUAUGUAUGAAAGCAUUCUAUGAACUAUGAAAUGGCACACAAGCAUAUGGUAUUAUAUGCCUUCAGCAAUAAGCAAGUAAUCCAUCUCUUAGAUCUUUUUUUUUUUUCUCUCUCUCUCAUAGAUGCUUUUACAUUCGUUAGAAAUGUAGUGAAAAGAGUCUCAUCUAUUAGGCCAACUUCUAUUCAUGGCCACAGCCACACUACUAAAGGAUUCAGUUAGAGCUUGCCAUUAUAAAUACUAUGAAAUUAAAGCCCAAACAUGUUAGACCAGAGUCAUCCAUUAAUAUGUAUAAGAUGAUAUAAUGAGGGGCCUAUAUGUAAUUAUUAGGUCUUGUUCACAUUAUGGUUUACAGAAGGGGUUUGAACUUGCUUUGUAAAAUAAGCAGAAAAUUGAUACUGUUUUUUGUUUUUAGUUCAAAAAGGUCUUAAUCAUCAUGAUGGUUAGAUUUAAAGAUUUUGCAAUUUUUAUAUAUACUUUGGGAGAUGGUACAGUAUAUACUCAGAACUCAGGACUGGAAUACAGGAAAGUUGGGUUUCUGUGUGUGAAUCUAGUAACCUUUUCUAGCCUUAGAUAAUGCAUAUGAUUAGGUUCACUCUUAAUUUUUUAAUGAAAUGAGCAUUGAUUUUAUUAUUUCUGGUUCCUUUAACUGCUCCUGAUUCCCAACAUAGCCAACCACAUCUCCAAGAGGAUGUUGACAGUUUUGUACUAGCGUAGUGCCUCUGACCCCUACCUGCCCUUCCAGGUACAUGAGCACACUUCAAGGGAUAUUCCUGGUGAUCUUGGAAGAGUCCGUAUCAUGGAAUCAAUCUCUAUGAUGGGAAGCCCUAAGAGCCUUAGUGAAACUUUUUUGCCCAAUGGCAUAAAUGGUAUCAAAGAUGCAAGGAAGGUCACUGUAGGUGUAAUUGGAAGUGGGGAUUUUGCAAAAUCCUUAACCAUUCGACUUAUUAGAUGUGGCUAUCAUGUAGUCAUAGGAAGUAGAAACCCUAAAUUUGCUUCUGAAUUUUUUCCUCAUGUGGUAGACGUCACCCAUCAUGAAGAUGCUCUAACAAAAACGAAUAUAAUAUUUAUUGCUAUACAUAGAGAACAUUACACCUCCCUGUGGGACCUGAGACAUCUGCUAGUGGGUAAAAUCCUGAUUGAUGUGAGCAACAACAUGAAGAUAAACCAAUACCCAGAAUCCAAUGCUGAAUAUUUGGCUUCAUUAUUCCCAGAUUCCUUGGUUGUCAAAGGAUUUAAUGUUAUCUCAGCUUGGGCACUUCAAUUAGGACCUAAGGAUGCCAGUCGGCAGGUUUACAUAUGCAGCAACAAUAUUCAAGCACGACAACAGGUUAUUGAACUUGCUCGUCAGUUGAAUUUCAUUCCCAUUGACUUGGGAUCCUUAUCAUCAGCCAGAGAUAUUGAAAAUUUGCCCCUACGAUUAUUUACUCUCUGGAGAGGGCCAGUAGUAGUAGCCAUAAGCUUGGCCACAUUUUUCUUCCUUUAUUCCUUUGUCAGGGAUGUGAUACAUCCCUAUGCAAGAAACCAGCAGAGUGACUUUUACAAGAUUCCUAUUGAAAUUGUGAACAAAACCUUGCCUAUAGUUGCUAUUACUUUGCUGUCCUUGGUGUACCUAGCAGGUCUCCUGGCAGCUGCUUAUCAGCUUUAUUAUGGCACCAAGUAUAGGAGAUUUCCACCUUGGUUGGAGACAUGGUUACAGUGUAGAAAACAGCUCGGAUUAUUAAGUUUCUUCUUCGCUGUGGUCCAUGUUGCCUACAGCCUCUGCUUACCAAUGAGGAGGUCAGAGAGAUACUUGUUUCUCAACAUGGCUUAUAAGCAGAUUCAUGAAAAUAUCGAAAACUCUUGGAAUGAGGAAGAAGUUUGGAGAAUUGAAAUGUAUAUCUCCUUUGGCAUAAUGAGCCUUGGCUUACUGUCCCUCCUGGCAGUCACUUCCAUCCCUUCAGUGAACAAUGCAUUAAACUGGAGAGAAUUCAGUUUUAUUCAGUCUACACUUGGAUAUGUCGCUCUGCUCAUAACUACUUUCCAUGUUUUAAUUUAUGGAUGGAAACGAGCUUUUGAAGAAGAGUACUACAGAUUUUAUACACCACCAAACUUUGUUCUUGCUCUUGUGUUGCCCUCAAUUGUAAUUCUGGGUAAGGUCAUUUUACUACUUCCAUGUAUAAGCCGAAAGCUAAAACGAAUUAAAAAAGGCUGGGAAAGGAGCCAAUUUCUCGAAGAAGGUAUUAGAGGAACAAUUCCUAAUCUCUCCCCAGAGAGGGUCACAGUAAUGUGAUGAUAAAUGGUGCUCACAGAUGCCAUAUAAAGUUCUACUCAUGCCAUUAUUUUUAUGACUUCCUCUAUGUUUGGUUGCAGAUGUGCUGUCAAAUUACUGUGGGUUGAAACUUGUUAAAUGAAAUUUCAGCUGAAUUAGUGAUAAAAUAUUCUUCAAGUUAAUUUUCACAAAUGUCAUGUUUUAACAAUAUGAUUUUUGUAGUCAACAUACUGUUGAAAUUUAGGAAUGUUUUGUUUUAUUUUGCACAACCAUAACAGUAUUGAAUAACUAUAUUUCAUAAGCAGGCAAAAAUAUUUAUAGUCAGUAAUAUAGAUAUAGCAUAAUGUUAAAAAAAAUUUGCAAACCAGCAGAAUUUUAAGCUUUUAAAAUAAUUCAAUGGAUAUAAUUUUUUUUCUGAAACUUAAGUAAGGUUUUAAUUAUUAUCCAAGUUAAGAAGUAGAAAUGCAUAAUCAUACAUUAUUUUUAAGAAAGGACAUAUCACAUUAGCAUCUAGGUAAGGGUGCAUGGUAACAUUCCUAUAUUUCUCUCAUAUAAGAUAGGAUUUGAAGAAUUACAUGAUGGUGAUUACAUGAAGGUGAUUAUGUGAACAAACACAAAUCAAAAAGACAAAUGCGAAAUUAUAUUUAAAAUACAUUGGAGACAUGAAAUACAUACUGAUUAAUGCAUACCUCAUGAAAUAUUUUAUUUUUUAUCACAUUACAAAACAGUUUCAUUUUCAUAUUAAUAUAUUGAUGAGGGAGAGAACUCAGUAAUAUUUGGCCUCCAAAACUGUCAUCUCUAAUAUUGUACCAAUCUUGGGAAUUGUAUAAUUAUUCCUAGUUGGAGUGAAAGUAUCAAGUUUACAUACAAGUAGUUGUUUAUCAGCUGAUCUAUGUUAUUAUACCUUAGUUAGACAGUGACUGCUCUCUAUGGUAUGGGAUUUUACUGAUGUUCAUUGAGAGAUUAUAUGUGCCAGGUAUGGAUCUAAGCACUUUACUUGAUAGGUAGUUAUUAUCCCCAUUUUACAUAUGAGGAACUGAAAGAUAGAAAAGCUAAGUAAUUUGAUCAAGGUCACACAGUUAAUAAGUAGCAGAGUAUUCAGGUCCAGGUAGUCAUAUUCCAGAGGCCAUGAUUUUAACUAGGCAAUACAGCGCCCAUUCCAUCUCCAUCCUUUAGGUUCAUGAUGCCAAUCUAUUAAUAGAUCCUUCCUUUUUUGUAUAAAGGCAUUCUUUAGAGUGGGUUGUAAAUAUCAAAAAGGUGUAUGAAAAUGUUAUGAUCAUAGAUGUAUUAUUGUUUGUGGGGCAAUCCUUAGCUGCUUACCGGGAUCUGGCCUGGGGCAUGAGCCAGAAGACCCAUGGCAGUCCAUACGCCUCCCUAUGCAGUGACAGACUCAAGCAGAAAGGACACAGUAGUGUUAAUGAACUGCUGAAGUCCUACAAAAUCUUUAAAAAAAAAAUCUCUGUAGAGCUGGUCAUCUCCUUUUCUCUUCCUGAGAAAGUCCUCCAGUCUGCACCACCAUUUACUCAAGAGCAAUUUACAAGCGUGAAGGAUAUUAGGAUAAGUGGUUGAUUAUAAAUCUACUCUAGAGACAUAUAAUCAUACAGAUUAUUCAUAAAGUUUUUCAGUGUUGGCAUUUCACAUUUAAAUUGCAUUUUGUUCAAACUUUAGUUAGGGUGCCCUACAUUGCCUCCCCACCCCCAUUUGCUCUUUCCUUAUUAAAAUACAAAGUUGCAGACAAGAUACAAUUAUAGGCAUUCCUCUUCCUAAACAUUUCUAAAUUUACCCACUGAUGUACUGCUGAAUCCAGCUGGCAAAAAUAAAAGGACUUUUAUUUAGUAGAGGCUAUCUUUCCCACCAGCGACUCUUUUCCUACUCGUGCAUUGUCAGUUUUGUAAAUCACUCAUGAUUCUCUGAUGUCUUCUUGGUGAAUUUUUCUCUUAUACUGUCUAAUUGAGCUCUCCAUUUUCUUUAUUUUAAUUAUAUUUGUCCCCUCUUAGUAAUCACUUGUUAGUUCUUGGUAGGAUUUCAGUUGGGUGACAGUAACCUUUAAGGGUAAAUACACAAGCAUACUAUUAUAGUGGACUAGUGAAAAUAACAGCAUAUUUUCAAUAUUUUAUUGUUCCUUAAAUUUCACUUUUUUAAGACCCUGCUUUAGCCCUUUAAUGUCAAAAUAUAAUGAAAUAUUUCUAAAAAUUAGAUGAUUGUUAAUAUAUACAUGCAACAAUAUGUACUUUAAGUAGCCAAUAAUAUAAAUAAAAUUAUCAUUAUUAUAGAUAAAUGGGGCCUUUGAAAAUACCAAAAAACAAAAUUUUAUUAAAAUGUAUAAAAGAUGCAACUGAUGUUUCAAAUGGCAACAUCUCCUUUUCAGCAAUACAAAAAUGGAAUCAUUUUGAAGUUUUAGAAAAAUAUAAUAUAUUCAUUAUAAUUCUAAAUAUUUAAAAGCCUUUCUAAAAAGCAAAACUAUUGACUUUUAAUUGCCUUAUUUUACUACUCAUGUCAUUAUUUUUCUUAAUUGUUAUUUUUCAUAAUUAUUAUUUUUCUGAAUCAUUCUUCUGGCCUUAGAAGUAGGACUCAAUUCUGCUGUUGUUAGAUGUGAGAAAGUGGUGAUGCAAACUUUAAAAAAGUGGAAAUUUAUUUCCUGAUCUGUGUUUUGAGAAGUGCCCCUGAGAAAAAUAUAAGAAUGUAGAAAAUAUACCCAGUCUUAUUCCUAUGCAAAAAAAUCAAGUAAUUUUUUUCCUGUGAGGAAAAUAACCAUGAGCUGUAUCAUGCUACUUAGCUUUUGUGUACAGAUUUCAUAUGUCUCUCUCUUAAGAAUAUUUAAAAUCACAUUUAAAUAUGAAUAUAUUCAUGCUAACAUUAUUUUUCAAAAUAUACAUGGAAAUGUAUCACAGAUUGUCUACAUGUGAGAUUUUUAUUUAAAUUUUAAAAUAUUUGAAAGUAUGAAUAAAUUAUAUUUAUAGGUAUUUAUCAGAGAUAAUUAUUUUGUGCAACAUACAGGGUUGGCUAAUGAGCUCUAGUGUUAAACUGCCUGAUUAAUUUCUUAUAAAUCAACAUAACCUUGGCUUGAUUAAGGAAUUUUACUUUCAAAAUUAAUUUGAUAAUAGUAACAAAGUAUAUUCAUACUUACAUUAUAAUCAAAUUCUGGAAAUCAUUUGUGUAAAAGGGCUUCAAGAAUACAUCAUAUCUAAUUUUGGUAUUUAUGUCUAAUGUAAUAUGAUAAAACUGUAAUUCUUUUUAAUUACCAUUUGCCAUUAAGCUAUUUCAUAAUAAAUUCUGUACAGAGAGUUUUCCCCCAAAAAAGAGAUUUAUGAAAUUUAAAAUUUCUUAUGUGAUAUUUUAAAUAAAGUACCAUAAAUAUAAUUCAUAAAUAUUUCUUUAGUAAUACUGUGAACACUGAACUUAAUUAUAUAAUACCUGUGUCAGUCUGUAAAGUCCUCAUUUUGAAAUAAGCAAACAACCUAAAAUGUUGUCGAAAUUAUUUUGUAAAUUCAUGACCUAAAGCAGUACACACAUAACACACCUCAGUCCAGUGUUACGAUUUAUAUUUGUGAUGUGUCAUCAUGAAAAUGAGAUGUUCCACCCUCAAUUGUCCGUCAGUCAGUAAAAUAAAUUCUGAUAUCUAUUCAGUAUAUAUAUUAGCUUUAAGUGAAACUGGAUAAUUUUAGUGGAAGCACAAUCUGUUCUUACCUUUAUGCAGUGAAUGUUACAAUAAUGAAUAGAUUCUUUGAUUUUUUUUUUUUUAGUGUGAGGAAAUUAAUUUCCAGAGAUUAAUUUCCAGUGCUUAAUUUCCAGAGAUUCUGUUCAUAUGAUACUAAAAACUGUUUCGUUCGGCCUAACACACAUAUAUACUGAGUUCGUUUUUUUCUUUUUUAACUUUUUUUCUUUUUUUCUUUUUUAACUCCAAAUCGUGCAAACUUUCCAUCGUGCAUUUAUCUAAAAUUAAGGCAUACUGUGUGGAUUCUCCCAGUAGCUAGAUGAGUUAAAUUAAAUCACAAAGCAGAUGCUUUUGUGUGAUCUCCAAAUCGUCAACUUUAAGGAAAUAUUCUCUGGAGAUUUUCUUUAAAGGUAGCUUGCAGAUAUCCAGCCUGAAUGGACUGGAAGUUGUCUCCCAAUGUCUAUUUACCCUACUUCUUUAAAAGCUUCUGCCCAUCAUAUUCCUGAACUGCAAUUGUAAUUAGGUAUACAAGUGACUGAGUACUGGCCAAUGAGACGAAGUCAAAACUAAUCCUGUGUGGCCUUCAGUUCUUUGUCAUGAUACCGUUUAACACUGAUUGAAUAAAAUAGACUGCAAUAAUUCUUACACUUAAAAGCUUUUAAAGGAUAAUAUGCAACUGAUUUGCCAUUGUUAAUUAAUAGUAUACUGAUUUUCUUGCCUUGAUUCUUCAUUAGAUAUUUUGUAUCUGCUUGGAAUAUAUUGUCUUCUUUGUAACUGUGUAAUUAAAAUUUACUAACCUCUGUAAUCUCCAAAAUGCCGCUAUUAAAUGCCAUGGUUUUAUAUCAUUCUAAUAGAUCUGCCUUAUAAACAUUUAAAUAAAAAGUACUAUUUAAUGUUUUAA